CCCUCCCACCUGCCCAUGCCAGCUCAUCAAGGCGGCCCCUCCCUCACACUCCAGUUUCUAACAACAGAGGCUGUUGCUGCAGGGCCCAGGGCGACUAGCCCCAGCCCCACGUGCGGCCCAGCUGCAGGAACUCAGCUCAGAGGGGCCGAAGUGUGAUCUCUGCCCACCACCUCUCUGUCCUCUGGCCUCCUGGGCCUCCCCGCCCAGCUGCUCCCAAGCUGGACCCACCUGGAGACCCCACUCGCUCCCGGCAGCCCCGGCUGCUGGGACAGAUCCCAGUGCCGGCAGGGGCUGUGGGAGGACCCCGGGGUCUGCACUGCUCCCCGGAUGGCCUGCUCUUCCUGACGGCCGGGGCUGCACCCUGCGUCCACGUGAUGGACCUCGAGGGACGCUCCAUCUGCCACCUGCCCUGCCAUCUGCCGGGGACUGGGGCCUUCGUGCCGGAGGACGUUGCUGUGACGGCCGCUGGGCUUGUGGUGGUCAGCGACCUCGUCCGUGGGGCUGUCCACGCACUUCAGCACGCCGCCCGAGCCCCCCUGGGCCGCUGGGUCACGGUGGGCACCCACCUGGCCCCCCGGGGACUGGCUGUGGAUGCCGCUGGCCGCCUUCUGGUGACAGACUAUGUGCUUGGGGCUGUCCACAGCUUCACACUGAGCCCUGCCUUGCAGCCACUGGCCCCAGCCUCCAUGCUGGGUCUGGAGGGCCCGUGCUGGGUGGGCCCAGGGCCUGACGGGGGCCUCGCCGUGAGCGAAGAGUUUGGGGAUGUGUGGCUGUUCGGCAGUGCCUGCCAGCCCCUGGGCUCCCUGGGGGUUCGGAAAGGGCAUGCUUUUGGGAACCCAGCAGGCGUGUGCACCGAUGUGGAGGGCAGUGUCAUUGUGGCAGAUGAGCAAGGGCGCCGCGUGACCCUCUUUCCUCGGGCCAGGGAGCCCGUCUGCCUGGUGUCUGAGGGGCUGGGGCGGCCCCUGGGUGUGGCCUGUGCCCCUCAGGGCCAGCUCGUGGUGGCAGACGCAGGGGACAGCUACAUCAAGGUGUACCAGUACCACUCGGAGCCAGCCUGACCCAUGGACUCAGAUG